UGUAAACAAGAUGGCAGCUUUUUAUGGUUCGGGCUUUGCCAAGGAUCUGUUAAGCAGUCUUAGCGCUGAAGUUCUGUAUAUUAUUCUGUCGUAUCUUCCUGCAAAGUCUUUGUUGAAUGUUAGUGAAUGCAACCGUCGUUUACGGGAUUUAUGUCAGAACUGUAACUCGCUUUGGAAGCAUCUUUGUAAGAUAGACUUUGAUGCUGACUUGACUGUGAAAGGCUCUUUCCCAUCCUUUUUCAUCUUGUAUCAGCUGCUUUACAAAUCCCGCAUUAUCCUUGAGGACACAGACUAUAGCACAUAUAGUGGUUAUUUACCAGAUUGGUUGUAUUAUUGGAGUGCACUCAGUACCAAGCCACCCCUCCCUGGCUUUUACAACUUGCCAGCAGGAAGGACAAAGAAAACUUGGGGCCUUACAGAAGAGGAUUUGACCAACUACCAGAUCAAAUGUAACAAAUCUUGUACGGUAAGAUUAGAGCGUUAUUACACUUGGACAGACGGUCUAGAAGCAGCACUCUGUAAACACAAGAGCAAACAACGAUUCCACGAGGUGGCUCUGAAGCGGUGCAUGCGAAGUCAAAAACAAAUUCACAAGACCUUUCCAAAGGCAUCAUGUUCCCAGAGAAAAAGAGCUUUUAACAAAUUCCAGAAUGAGCAUCGCAGCCAAAGAAACAUUCUCUCCAAGCAAAGGGAGGGUGCCAGUGAAUACUUGAGUUUACAGUCUCCCCAUAAGAUUGGCCAAGAUUAUAUUGAUGGAUAUCUUCACAAGAGUGGUAUCAAACAACUUGAAAGCUAUGUUGAGUUUGCUAAACGCCUUGAACAAGAGGUUGACAUAGCAGAACUGUCUAAAGACAUUCCAGUGUGUGUUCUACUCGUUUACGAUAAAAUGUCCUCCAUAGCGCAACAAAGGUUUAUUUCGGCGGAGGAAUUCCUUGAUGUUGCCAAGGAUUACUUUGAAAGAGUUAAGAGAGUGUGGAAUUGGCAGAAUGAACAUGGACCACAAGCAAGACAGGCUUACCGAGAUUGUUCAGUUGUAAAAACUCAUUCAUCUUAUAGUGCAUUUGUUCAAACUGGUAGUGAGUCACAUUUUAGAAAUCUUCGACUAAAUUUUGAGGGACUAGAAAAGUUACAAACAUGGCUCGAUGAAAACCAGUGGAUUACCAAGCUGCUCGAUCCAAACUUUAUCACAAUUCUCCGUGGAGCUCCGUUGCAGAAAUUACCGUCCAAUGAUCUCAGCACACAAGCGUUUCAUGCAUUGAGAAAAAUGGUGAGACUCUUCCUCAAAACCGGACGAAGAAUCGACUUUGAUAGAAUUCUCAGAAGACUAUCUGAAUCUGCCAAAAUAUUUCUGCAAACACACUUGGAGUACGUGGAAAACUUAGAGAGGACCCUUUCACGCGAGUAAAUUGUGAUUAGGGUCCAGUUUCUCUUUGCUGGGGUCUUAACAAAUUGAGACGGCUGGUAUAUGGAGAAUUCAUGAGCAAUCUGAACUUCUCAAAAAAACGGUGCGGAAAAAUAUGGUUAGAUUUCGAUUCUCCCCAGCGAGUAUAUACACAACGAAUACGAGCUCGUGAGAAAAUUUGCGUUAUGAAAUGAAGCUUCCCCACUGCUAUGCAAGUGAAGCGCAUCUUUGCGUACUUCGUUCGUUUACCGUCAACAGCUUUCUUUUAGGUGAAUUACCUUUGAUAAGUGUGUCUUGCAAGGCCACUUUCAUCUGCUUUCCAAUUUCAUCUUUACUAUUCCAUUUUCAAAUACUCGAACUUUUUACUCCUUAUAAAUUUCCCUUGAUUUGACUCGGCUAACUCUGUGAAUCGUGCAUUACAUACUUCUCCCAAGUAACUCCUGGAAAAGCCCUUGAGACUCCUUGCAAUGAAUUGUCUGUGCGACGAUCCCUGAUUGUUUCCUAUGAUUCAUAGGAGUUCGACGUCACAAGAUUAAGAAUAGAGCUUUUGGGAUUAAAAAGCGAUCGAGAUCUG